ACAUGUUUCGGGGCGAGAAGUGGCACGUUUCAAGUUUAGAAGAACUUCAUUUCCCGCCGCUCCCAUAAACCACGUACACGCGCUGAAUGCUCGUUUUUAAUUUUCCAACUGUGUAUUAUCUACCAGGAUAUUUUUUGCGACUCACUAGGGAAAACAGGUGCUAAGUAACGUGGAAAGGCAACGGAAGGUAACGGACUUUUCUGAGUGAAACUUGGGUGUUUAGGCUGGGCUAACAGUUCCGCUUCCCCUCCGCCAUUGUGCUCUGUCGGUGGUUGCUUCGGUCCGAGAGUGACAGAGAAGAGGCAAUUGUAGCGAAAGUUCUGGCUACCCCUUACUGAAGAGACGCCUAACUUGGAAAACGCAGGGGAGACGUGUUAAUUUCGGAGCGGCGUUGCCGGCUGGGAGGAGGAGCCGCUGCCAGGACUUCGGUGGAACUUUGAAGGCAUUGAGUUUCGCCCGGUAGGAAGUUAGUAGCGACCUCCUGUUUCUCCUAAAGCACCAACCAGAAAUUCAGGUGAAAUCGGCAGCGAGAGAAGGCAUUCUUUCUCUCCCUCUUGUUUUUCUUGGGUGUCUUUUCCCUAUCAUGUCUGAUAACGGAGAGCUGGAGGAUAAGCCGCCUGCACCACCAGUUAGGAUGAGUAGUGCCAUAUUCAGCUCAGGUGGGAAAGACCCCCUUUCUACCAACCACAGUUCUAAGCCUCUGCCUUCUGUACCAGAAGAGCGCAAACCCCGCAAUAAAAUCAUCUCCAUCUUCUCCACAGAAAAGGGUGGUAGGAAAAAGGAGAAAGAGCGUCCAGAGAUUUCACCACCAUCCGACUUUGAACACACCAUUCAUGUUGGUUUUGACUCUGUCACAGGGGAGUUUACUGGUAUGCCGGAACAAUGGGCACGACUGCUUCAAACGUCCAACAUCACCAAAUCUGAGCAAAAGAAAAAUCCGCAGGCAGUCUUGGAUGUUCUCAAAUUCUAUGAUUCAACCACUGAUACAGCAAAGCAGAAAUACCUCAGCUUCUCAGCCUCAGACAAAGAUGGUUUCCCUUCAGGAGUUCAAGCACCUACAAAGAAGGGGACUGAACAGUCUGCUAUAAAUGCUUUUAAUGAGGAAGAGGAUGAUGAUGAGGAAGCACCACCUCCUGUUGUAGCACCUCGGCCAGAGCAUACCAAGUCUGUAUACACACGCUCCGUCAUUGACCCAACCCCUGCACCUGUUCCUCAUAGUGAUGGAGAUGCUAAAGGAAUUGACCGACAGAAGAAGAAGGCUAAAAUGACUGAUGAAGAGAUCAUGGAAAAAUUGAGAACUAUAGUUAGUAUUGGAGAUCCUAAGAAGAAAUAUACCAGAUAUGAGAAGAUUGGUCAGGGAGCAUCUGGUACAGUAUUCACAGCCAUUGAUGUUGCUACUGGACAAGAGGUUGCCAUUAAACAAAUAAACUUGCAAAAACAACCAAAGAAGGAGCUUAUCAUCAAUGAGAUUCUAGUCAUGAAAGAACUGAAGAAUCCAAACAUAGUCAAUUUUUUGGACAGUUUUCUUGUGGGUGAUGAACUCUUUGUGGUAAUGGAGUACCUAGCUGGAGGAUCCCUAACAGAUGUGGUGACAGAGACCUGCAUGGAUGAGGCUCAAAUUGCUGCUGUGUGCAGAGAAUGUUUACAAGCUCUGGAGUUUCUGCAUGCCAAUCAGGUGAUCCACAGAGACAUAAAAAGCGACAAUGUACUACUUGGGAUGGAUGGCUCUGUGAAGCUCACUGAUUUUGGCUUUUGUGCCCAAAUAACUCCUGAACAGAGCAAACGCAGUACGAUGGUUGGCACACCAUACUGGAUGGCACCAGAAGUUGUGACGCGGAAAGCUUAUGGUCCUAAAGUGGACAUAUGGUCUUUGGGGAUCAUGGCCAUUGAAAUGGUUGAAGGCGAACCACCAUACCUCAAUGAAAAUCCUCUAAGGGCUUUGUAUCUUAUUGCCACCAAUGGAACACCAGAAUUGCAGAAUCCUGAGAAACUAUCUCCUAUUUUCCGGGAUUUCCUUAAUCGUUGCCUUGAAAUGGAUGUGGAGAAAAGAGGGAGUGGCAAAGAGCUUCUUCAGCAUCCAUUCUUAAAACUGGCAAAGCCUUUAUCUAGCCUGACACCACUCAUCCUUGCAGCAAAAGAAGCAAUGAAAAGUAAUCGCUAGAAUCAACAUGGCCUUCCAAGAGGCACAAGCCCAGAGAACACCAUCUCUAACCUUAGAUGGCCAUCUACCCCACUUCUCUGCAAACAGAUUGGUGUCACUGUAGCAGGGGAAGAAAAAAGACUGAGGGGUGUCACUUGUGGACUUGAUAAUCCGUUACUGUUCUGUGAUAUUUUUUCCUUUCCUUUUCUGUUCAACCUAGGCACCUUCAUGUAUUUCACCUCUUAAUUUUCUUUUGAUACGCCCACCCUGUCUGCCACUAAAAAUUAGGAAACAAGUGGCGGUUUUUCAAAUCUACUGGUCUUGAAGGAGUUGCAGCAAAUGUGCUACAACUGAAAUUGUUCUUCUCUGUUCUAGUAUCUUGUCCUUUACUCCUCUUUUGCUUCCUCUCCCUUUAAUGAAAUAGAGCAAAAAGAAACAAAUUUACUGUAAAGGGUGAACUUUUUCUUUCUAAUUCACUGGGACUUGGGAGACUAAACUCCCAGUUUUUUAAUUGUUUUGUAUAU